AUGAGAUUCGGGAUCAUCCUGCGCGUCCGUCUCCACCACUCCUUUUCAGUCGUGUUCCUAUACUGGUUCUACUCUGUUUCGUGA